AUGGCAACUUCCAGCAGCAACAAGUUUCAUCUUAUCGUCCCUGAUGAAGCUCAGAGUGCUGAGGUCAAAUUGGGGUCUGAUGUCACUAACAGACAGGUGACAGAGGGGAGGAGCUAUGGGGGCAGAACAGGCCUGUCCACUGAAGAGCUGGACAGAGGAAAUGUGUCCUUGAAGCUGAGAGAGUUCAGCGAAUCAAACAUAGGAGUUUACCUGUGUCAGGUCAUCAGUGAAGACACAACAGAUGAGAUAAGAACAAUCAGGAAAGACACAUUAGGGAGACAUUUGGAAAGAGUCUUACAACAAUUAGAAACAAUCACAGAAAAAUCUGGUCUCCUACAAAAUGAAAAAUACCUAGAUAUGAAAUAAUCACAAAUUCAACAAAUAGAAAAACAACUGCUACAAAUGACUAAAUACAUCGAAGAGAAACAGAAUCAGCUUGAGGAGAAAGACAUAGAACUGGAGAAUAUGAGCAAACAGAUGAGUGAGAAAGAGAAACUACUGGAAAGCGCAAUCAAAGAGAUGGAAACCAGUAAACAACUACUGGAGACACUGAGACAGGAGCAAAUAAGACAUGAGGACAUGUUGGAGCAGAAAGAACGGUUGAGGGUUUCAGAGUUGAAUGAAAAAUCCAAAUGUCUUGAAGAAACAAAAUCUCUUCUAGAAGAAAGAGAUAGAAAGAUUAAAGAUCUGGAGAAAGACAAAGAAAAACUUGAUGAAGAACUUCAAGACAAGGACAGACGUCUUAAGGACAUUAAUGUUAAACUGAUGCAAAUAGUCAGAGAGGUUGAAAAGAAACAAAAUCAGCUUCAGGGGAAACACACACAACUGGAGAAUAUAAUUUGCUGGUCAGACGACAUUCUUGAGUUCAGAUUGCUGGUAUGA